GGUUCUGUGCUCUCUCUCUCUCUAUAUUUAUGCGAACCAACUUCCAAGCUUUGCGAUAGAUUGAAAUUAUUUUAUCCAUUUUAUUAUCAAAUUAUACUUUAGACCAUGGCAGAUGGUGUGCAAAUAUUAAGGCGUAACCGUCCUGGAUCUAAAGCAAAAGACUUCUGCCGUUGGCCUGAUGAACCUUUCGAAGAGAUGGACAGCACUUUAGCCGUACAACAAUUCAUACAGCAAACAAUUAGACGAGAUCCGGCCAAUCUUGAAGCUAUUUUGAAAAUGCCUGAGGCGCAAGAUGAAGGUGUUUGGAAGUAUGAACACUUGAGGCAAUUCUGUAUGGAGCUAAAUGGUCUAGCAGUUCGCUUGCAAAGUGAGUGUAAACCAGAAACCUGCACACAAAUGACUGCUACUGAGCAGUGGAUUUUCCUGUGUGCUGCUCAUAAGACACCUAAAGAGUGUCCUGCAAUUGACUACACAAGACACACCCUGGAUGGUGCUGCAUGCUUGUUAAACAGCAACAAGUAUUUUCCUAGCAGGGUAAGCAUCAAAGAGUCAUCGGUGGCAAAAUUGGGUUCAGUAUGUCGCAGAGUAUACCGAAUUUUUUCACAUGCAUAUUUCCAUCAUCGGUCAAUUUUUGAUGCUUUUGAGAAGGAAACUCAUUUAUGUGAAAGGUUCACUUAUUUUGUCACAAAGUAUUCAAUUAUUUCUAAAGAAAUAUUGAUUUUGCCAAAACUUGAAGGUGAGGUACCUCUCCCUCAAACUGCUGGAGAAUCAGAAGCCUGAGAUUCAAAGAAAUAAUUCACUUGUAUUGUGAAUUAUGUAUUUGUACUGUGGUGAUCAGUAAACUGGAAGUUUAGUCAUUUGUGCUAUGUAUUGUAUUGAUAUGUUAUUGUUUUACCUAGUUUUGGUAAAUGGUCCUCUUUUUAAACAGCUUGCUAAUUGCCUAUAAUUUAGGCUGGUUUAUUAUUUCACAGCCUGAUGCAAUAUUGUAAUGUUUAUUUAGACAAUAACCACCAUAAUUUGCUUCGACUCUUUAGUGUGGUUUAUAAAUUAUUUGAGCAUAACUUUGAAUAAUGAGAUGUUAUAAAUUCUAUUGUAACCAAAUAAAGUAGAAUCUCUUAUUCUUUAUAAGUGUGACAUAAUAUGUGUAUAGCCGUUAUAAUAGAUGUGAGAAUGAUUUUAACUGUUUACAUGUCUUUACUGUAUACACUUCCAUAUUGUCCAGUAUCUGUAAUUGUCUUCUAUGUUAGAUAUUAUCUAGUGUUUCAUAAUGGCCAGUCCUAAAAUGACCAGUAUUAUCCACUCUAACAGAAAGUAUUCUGUAACAUUUCCAACAGAGCACCCAUCCUAGUAAACUUUGGAUUUGGCAAAUUGAGACACUGAAUAAAUUAUUGUAACAAAAAUGUAGUAUACCACAUUAGUAGUAGUUUUAAGUGGUAUAAUAGAAUACUAUUUACUUUUGAGUACUGAAUAGAAAUUACUUGGUCUCAGUGACCAGUGACCUACCAAUUCCAAAGCCCACACACUAAGCUGAGAUUGACACAUGUGGUCACAUUUAGAAGCUACAGAAUUACUUUUAGCACUGCAUUAUGUAAUAUAGAGGAAAUAUGUGUAAAUCCAACAAGUAAAUUCUUGGAACCGAAAGGAAAGGGUUAAAAUAAGAAGUUAGUAAUAGGUAUAAAAGAUUUCUUAAUUAACCUAUUUAUAUUUAGUCUUUUAAAAUUACCUUGUAACCACUUUAUCAACACUAAUAAAAUUGUAGUAUUUU